UCCCACAAGGGUCUAGGCGGCCGUUAGAGGCAGAGCCGCGAAAGCUCGGCUGGGCGGCCCUGCUGGGUAGUCGCGGCCGUGACAGCGGCUCCGGACAGGCUCCCCUUCCGCGCCCCUCCCGCCGUAGAUGAGUGGAAGAUGUCCGUGUCAGGGUUCAAGGCCAAACUGAAGUUUCUGGGUCUAUCUUCCACAAGAACCAGGAGCCGCCAGCCCCCGCUCACGCUCCACUGCAACAUGACUGUGAGGCGCCCGGCGGCCCCCUCGCGGGGCAGGGCGAGGGCAGAGACGGGGCGCCCGGAGUCCCAGGACAAAGGGGAGCCCGCCCCAGAGAGGCCCCGGUUCCCCGCCCCUUUCUCCUGCAACUGGCCUGGCCCCGGCCCGGGACUGCGGGAGGCUUGGGUGGGAGGAAACGGAGGGCGCGUCUCUCCGACUCCUGGCGUGGGGUAGGCUUGGGGGCUGUUGGCCCCUCUAGGCCUCCGUCGCCGCGCCCUGAGGUGGGAGCCCGCGACUGCCGGAGCCUUCUUGGGACCCAUGGUCGCCCUCAGUCGGCCAGCCUGCUCCGGAGACCGCGACAGGACGGUGCAGGGCGGCUCCGGCGUUUUUUGAGCUCAGGCAGGGAAGGGGAAAGACCUUUAAGAUUUUCGGUGUUUUGGCUGGGUGCAGUGGCUCACGCCUGUAAUCCCCCCACUUUGGGAGGCAGAGGCGGGCGGAUCACCUGAGGUCAGGAGUUAGAGACCAGCCUGGCCAACAUGGUGAAACCCCGUCUCCACUAAAAUAUACAAAAAUUAUCCGGGCGUGUUGGCAGGCGACUUAAUCCCCGCUAUUUGGGAGGCAGAGGCAGGAGAAUGGUUUGAACCCGGGAGGCGGAGGUUGCAGUGAAUCGAGAUCGAGCCGUUGCACUCAAACUUGGGGGAUAAGAGGGAGACUUCUCUCAAAAAAAUUUUUUCUUUUUUUUUUUUUUGAGGGAGUCUCACUCUGUCACCCAGGCUGGAGUGCAGUGGCGCGAUCUCGGCUCAUUGCAGCCUAUGUCUGUUGACAGUCCACAGGAUAAAGCGAUUCUGCUGCCUCAGCCUCCCAAGUAGCUGGGAUUACAGGCGCCUGCCACCACGCCUGGCUAACUUGUGUUUUUAGUAGAGACGGGGUUUCACCGUGUUGGCCAGGCUGGUCUCAAACUCCUGACCUCAAAUGACCCACCUCUGCCUCCCAAAGUGCUGGGAUUCCAGGCGUGAGCCACCGUGCCAGGACCCAAGGCCCUUAAGUUUUAAGCCUCAUUCUUCAGUCAGGUUUUCCUUGCUCCCGCGUGUUCAGCCAAUUGGUUUUAAGUUUGUGUUUAAGGAGAAAAUAACAAUGAAAACGGACUCCUUGAUGGAGGAAAGGUUGGAAUGCAGCCUCUGGUGCUGUUUGAGUGAUCCCUCUCCCCCGGGCCUGGCUGCGCACUGCUGUGUUCUGGAAAGGCGCAUUGUAUGGUAGAUGCUGCAGAAGAUCAUUCUGAAAGAUAAUGCCAACUUGGAACCUAGGAAAUCACCCAGUGGGUUUCUGCAGUUUAAAGAAUAUUGGCAGAGAAACAGCUGUAGAGUUACAGCAGGAGCAAAGAGGAACAGGAAAACAAAUGGCAGUAUCCCUGAGACAGCCACUUUUGGUGGUUGCCAGUCACCUGGGGAUUCAGCAACAGGUUUCCACGGGGAGGGCCCUACAUCAUCGGCUACCCUGAAGGAUCUGGAGAGCCCGUGCCAAGAACCAGCAGUAGUCUGGGAUUCAAGGUCCAUAAAAGUCAAUGAACUGAAGAACACCAUCGAAUCUUUGAAACAACAGAAUAAAGAAUUGGAACAUCAACUGGAAGAAGAAAAGAAAGAAAACAAGAAGAGACACCAGGCCGAAUGGGGGCUAAAACUUCAAAUCGCGGUAUUGAACACCGAGAAAAAUGAGCUCCACACGGACCUGUGUCGGACAAAAGGUGUUCUCAGACACUUUGAAGAAGAGUCCAAGGAUCUGGCAGGCCACCUGCAAUGCUCAUCACAGUGUAUUGGGGAGUUGGAGCGGGCUCUCUCUGCUGUCGCCACCAGACAGAAGAAGGAUAUCAGUUUCUCGAGCCGCAGUAGAGAACUUAGCUGGUGGCGGUUAAAGAAAUCCACAGAGGAGAAGGCACGGCUGAAAACACAGCUAACACGGUUGAAGGAGUUGCUGACCCAAGUCCAGUCAGAACGAGAUCAAUAUGCUUGCCAAAUAGAAGGAGAGAGGGCCCGGUGGCAGCAGAGUAUGAGCAAAAUGUCGCAGGAGAUUGACACAUUGAAAAUCUCAAAAAAUCUCUAUACGCAUCGGGUAGAGGAGCUGCAGUCCAAACUCAAAAAUCAGAUGGCUGAACCCUUGCCCCCGGAGCCCCCAGCAGUGCCCUCUGAGGUGGAGCUGCAGCACCUGAGGAAGCAACUCGAGAGAGUGGCAGGAGAGCUCCAGGCCCAGGUCGAAAAGAAUCAGCGCGCAAGUCUCCUGAACUGGGUCCAAGAUCAGAGCCUUCGGAAGCAGGAGGAGAGGCUUCAGGAACAGCAGAAGAAGCUUCAGCAGCUGGCCAAGCCACAGAGCGUCUUCAAGGAGCUGAACAAUGAGAACAAGAGCACCCUGCAUUUGGAGCAGCAAGUAAAGGAGCUACAGGAGAAGCUGGACGAGAUGAAGGAGACGGAAACCCUGGAAGCUGCCAGCAAGCAGAACCAGCAGCUAACAACCCAGUUUGGCCUCAUGGCUCUCCCUGGAGAAGGAGAUGGAGGAGAACCUCGGCCCAUGCCGAGCGUCCCAGAGGACCUGGAGAGCGGGGAGGCCACGAUCAGCUUUAUGGACCACCUGGAGGAGAAGGCAGACCUGAGUGAGCUGGUGAAGAAACAAGAAAUACGAUGCCAUCAGAAAAUCCAUCACCUUUUAAAAGAGCCAGGGCGCCAUGCCAAAGAUGCGGCACUGGGAGGAGGAGAUCAUGAGGCUGGCCCAGGACAGGAAGGAGAUGAAGGUGAAGCUGCUGGAGCUGCAGCAGAUGGUAUCGGGGCCUGUGGCAACUACAACAAUGGGCACAGAAAAUUCCUGGCCGCUGCCCAGAACCCUGCUGAUGAGCCCGGUCCAGGAGCCCCAGCCCCCCAGGAGCUUGGGGCUGCAGACAAGCAUGGUGAUCUUUGUGAGGUGAGCCUCACCACCUCUGCGCAAGGAGAGGCCAGGGAGGGUCCUCCCUGUGACAACCCUACUGCACAACCGAUCGUGCGGGACCACCAGGAGCACCCAGGCUUGGGCAGCAUUGGCUGUCUUCCAUUCUUUUGCUGGGCUUGGCUGCCGAGAAGAAGGAGAUAAACAUCAUCAUCAUCAAAGAGCUGGCCAAGAAAUUUUUAAUUAAGAAACCAAGUUAUGGGGUUAAUCUCCGACACAAUUCAUUUCGUUCAUUUGAAUGUUAGAGCCACUCAUGAUUAUUUGUGUUUCUAAUUUAUAGUUUAAGUUUAUUUGUAAAAAGUUAAAAGAGAGUGGGUCUCUGUGGCUUUCACUGAUGUUCACUCUGGCAUCCUUUAGUAUUUUUCUUUUUUAAUUUCAUAAUUGUAGGUCAUUAGCAUGCAUAUCGAGUUUGCCCUUAUGUGGUGGGAGUUCAAACACGCAAAGACUCACUCUUUGCAAAAAAUUCUUCUCGUUGGUUUGGAAUAGGCUGCCAUACUUUUGUAAUGUCAUUGCGGCAUGUAUAUUCAUUACAGAAUUCAGAUAAAAUUUGCCUAUGUUCUGCUAGUGUUUGAUCUAAUCUUAAUCACAGUGAGCUCUUCAUUAGCUCCAUAUGUGCUUUGCCCCCAAGUGUGCACUGUUUAUUACUUUGUAAUAUGCCACUAUGAGUACUGACAUUUAGAGUUGUUCAAAGGCCGAGAACUGGAAACAGCCUUUCCUCCAUUUUCUGUGUAUUGGUGAUGGGAGUCAUAACCUUUUGGGGGAGCUUUUUAAAUCUCACAGAAGAGGAAAGUGGCCUGCUCCUGGCAGGUAUGUGCAGGAUAGAGUGUGUUUCAUCUGUCCCGGUGCCAAGAAUUAGCGCUGUAUUAUGGUGAUUCCCUUAGGAUUUGUAUGUGCUCUGGGCUCAUGAAGAUACUGCAUCACGAGCUGCAGCAGUUGUACUCUUUUUCGAUGACCUAAAAAGGGAUGAUUUCUGAGGAAUGAAAGGCUCCCAUCAUUGACUGUGGAUGUGGAAAACCUUUCCUAGCUUAGAGCAUUUGUAUCUAUAAUACGUUUUAAAGUCAGAGUUCAUGUUACCUGUUUUAAUCACAUGACUACAUGCCUCAGUACACAAAAGGGCACUGGUUGGCAUUCUUCUUAAUGUAUUUAGUGAAGAUCAUAAGAAAUCCUUUACGAGUCCAAAUGUCCCUGGAACAGGCAUACAGGCUCUAGCCAAGAAUGAAUUAGAGUGAAGGAAAGCUGUGUGACGCCUGGCAUUCCUCUCUGUCCACGGAGCUUCUUUGAGGCUUGAAGAUUGAUUUUACCAUCUAGACCUCUCUGGCUAAUACCUAUUCGUCAACCACCUUGGUUACUCUGACAUAGGAAUUUACUUCUUUUCCUUGAGUGGAAAACACUUUAAAAAAUAAUAAGAAACAUUAUUAUAAACUAAUACGUGUGAGAGUACUUAGUUGAAACAAAAAGGAAUUUUAGUAGACAGUAUUAUACUAUCUUUGAAAAUCAAGGAGAAAUUUAUGCAACUUAAAAUGUUUACAAACUGCAGUGCAAUCUACUGUUUGUGAAUGUCGAUGUAUUAUUAGGAAACGUGUCUAUACAAUCACACAGUUAUAUUUUCUCACAAACUUCUUUACGAAGAGUGAAAUAUGUUUCUGUACCUCUCGGUUUCAGUUAGGGACAUGUUUUGUGCAAUAUGUAUGUGACUGUGCCUAUGCGUGAUGAAUGAAUGCAUUUCAGUCAUAUAUUGCCUAAAUCAUAACUUGAUGAUGCUUGGGAAAGACUCAACAGUUCAAAGUUCAUGAAGUUCUAAUGUCUGUGUUCCAGAACACAUCACAUUAUUAGGACGUAGGGAGAUAUGUAUGUGUGCUCCCUGGGGUGGGGAUUUCUAGUUACUAGACCAUCUCCAGAUUUAGCAUUUGGCAUCCUCCUGAUACUUCUAUGACAUUAACAGGAGAGCAACAAUAUGAUUUAACCAAUGGAAUAACAGAUUUGCUGGCAUUCACUGAACGAGGGCAAAUAUUCGGUCCUUGUGACUUCAACUGACUCUUCCAAAUUUUAUGAAUGUAUCAAUGUAUUAGAUAAACCCAGUUUCAGAAUGAUAAAGAAAAAAUGUUGGACCAAAUAAUGCGGUUAAUUAACAGUGGUACGAUUUCUAGCCCGUGGGUUUAAAAUGCACUUAAAGUCCUGUUCUUGCCUUUUAUUUUCUGAACUUGCCGCUUUUGCAUUCUUUGAGUUCAGUUUAAAGACAAUUACUUUAAGAGCAUUUUAAACCCUCGGGCUAGGAAUCGGACCACUGUUAAUUAGCCACAUUAUUUGGUCUAACGUUUUUUCUUUUAUCAUUCUGAAACUGGGUUUAUCUAAUACAUUGAUAAAUUAUUUCAAAGGUACUUUUAUCUUUGAAAUCACUUCACUUUUACCAUGAUGAAUAUCAGUGACUAGGAAUGACCUUCAGAUAGCGUUUAGCAUCUGUAACCAAUCUGACAAUAAUGUGUUCAUCAGGUGCCUAUGGAUUAAAUCACACACUGGCAUAUUUAAGCUGAAAGUCAGUCUGGAAAAUAAAUUUACCAUAUUGACUGAAAUAGCACUCUUUGUAUAGGUAUUUGUCAUAUAUUUAAGAAAAAGCUAAAAAGAAUGGAAAUUGUAUGAGAAUAACUUCCGUCUUUCUUCAAACUGCAAGCCGUCUUUUGCGAUACCUCAUUCAGCCGAGUAUUUGUGCUCUUCCUCAUUCAGUGUAAGGCAGCUCUCAGUUUGCUUAGAAGGCAACAUUGGAAGGUUACAGUUCAUCAGAAACAUAAAAUUUUAAAAUGUGAGUUCCACUGAACACAUUUUAAUUUCUGCAUGAAAAUCAAAACACCAAUUUGAAGAUUGCAGUAUGUAAUAAUUACUUUAAAAGUAUUUGAUUAAACCUGAUAGAUUUUCCAGAAAUGAAAAAAUAUCAGCUCUAAAACCAAAGCUGAAUUUUAGAAAAUUUGAAAAUGUAAAUCAGUCCUAUCCAUAAUAUAGUUUCUCUAAAACUUUAUCUUGAAGAGUCAUUUUAAAAUAAUAUAGCUAAUAAAAAAUGUAACUGCUAUCUUAAUGUUCUGAAAUAAGUUAAAACAUUUUAAAAUAUGAAUACUGCAGUACAAAAGAAAGAAACGGUGGGAAGGAAAAGCAGAGAAAGAAAUGCCAAUUCCAGUCCAAAGCUUUAUUUGCCAAGUUUUCUUAGAAUGAAUUUUACUAAUUUAUGAAUUCUUGUAAACAGAAUGUGUAAUGGAAAUACUGAAAGAUUUUUCCCUAGAGUGGCAUUAUUGACUGCUGAUGUGAUGCUACUGUAAUGUAAUAAAUUAUUAAAUUGUUUCAAAGUGUU